AUGCUGGAGAAGCAACAGUUUGAUAUUUUGUAGGGUAACAGGCCAAAGCAGUUGAGAAGAGGACGUAGAGAAUGAAAGAAAGGGAGAGGCAAGGCGACAGGAUGUGGUGGAGAAGUUAGAGAGUAGAUUAACAGUCUGGCGAGAGACACACGCACACACAGAGAGAGCGAAUAAAGAAACAGACAGCGUCAGUCUUUAACAGAUCGUCAUAAAUUAAGAAGACAGACAGAGAAAGUCUUUGGCAAUGUGAGAAUCUGCACUGAAAUGAGAGUUUACGAGAGCGGUCGCUAUUUGUGAGAGUGGAUGCACGUUAUGAGGUCUCAUAUGCUCUUGCUUCCUGUCAUCACCUUGUGCUCUUUCUUCAGUCUGGCCUUCUGGUUCUUCAUUGCUAACAAUAAUGUAACACCUCGUCCUUCAUUGAAGAUUCCACAAAAACGCCCAGAUACUUCAAAACCUUGCAAGGGAUGCAGAGACAGUGCAUUAAUUGCUAAAGCACUGGAGAGUUACUCUAACGGAUGGACAAAACAGGAGGCAAACUUUAAAAGUUUCAGGUCAUUACUAAACAGCAAGUGCCAUGCUGUGUCCAAAGCCGUAGUCACACAGAAUAACACACCUGUGGGGUCAAGUGUUCUCUAUGAUGGAGAGAAGAGAAAGCCACUGCAGGUGACACAAGCCCUGUUCAGCAUCUUGGCUAAGGAACAGCCCUUUGGAAAUGCAACAUGGGAGUCCUGUGCUGUGGUAGGAAAUGGAGGUAUUUUGGUCAAUAGCAGCUGUGGAGAGGAAAUUAAUUCAGCCCAGUUUGUCAUCAGAUGUAACCUUCCCCCACUGGGGAACCAAUAUGAGCAAGAUGUGGGCAACAAAACAAACUUGGUGACUGCAAAUCCCAGCAUCCUCUAUGAAAAGUACAGUGGACUGAUGGAGCGUCGUCGGCCGUUUGUGGAAAGCCUUCGUCCUUACGGACAAGCAUUAUUGCUGCUUCCUGCCUUCUCCUAUGGCCAUAACACGCCUGUAUCCCUGCGUGCCUUUUACACACUGGAGGACUUUGGCAGUGAUAGGCCGCUGCCUGUUUUCCUGAACCCGGAGUACUUGAGGAGACUGACGAAGUUCUGGCGUGAGCAAGGCCUUAAGUCAGUUCGUCUCAGCACAGGAAUCAUCAUGGCUAGUUUAGCACUAGAGAUUUGCACCAACGUUCAUUUAUACGGCUUUUGGCCUUUCAACAAACAUCCACAUGACAAUCAAUUGAUCACCAACCAUUAUUACGAUAAUCGGGAGAGCAAGAAAAACGUGCACUCCAUGCCGACUGAGUUUGAACAUUUACUGAAACUCCACAAGCAAGGUGUGGUUCGCAUACACCUGGGGGAGUGUCAGCCCACUCACAGCUAAAACAUAAGCCGAGAAGCAAACGAUGCCUUACUUAAUGUACAUCAGAGUAUGUACACCUACACAAUAUACCUCUUCAGUUGAGAAAGGACUUCAAGAUUUAGAUGCAAACCUGCAAGGCUGAACUUUUUUGUUCGUUGUUGAGCAAAUUAUAGACUUACUGGACAUGUAAGUUUAUGUGUUAGUUCUGCCAGGAAGACUCUCAGAAGUAAGCUACAUGUGGGAAUUUUACGAAGAGGUGUCCAGGUCACAUUAACCCCAAAAAUUUAAAUUAUUUUCUUUAUGCAAAAUUAAACAUUUUAUGCCUACUAUUAGGACUCUUAAAGGAAUAUUCCAGGUUCAAUACAAGUUAAGCUCAAUCGACAGCAUUUGUGGCCUUAUAUUGAUUAAAACAAAAAAUCAUUUUGACUCGUCCCUCCUUUUCUUUAAUAAAAGCAAAAGGUUAUAGUUUUUUUUUUUUUUUAUUAUUAUUAUUGUGACAUAAUUGUCAGUAAAAUUAUGCUCAGUCUCAUGCUCAUUACUGUAUCAUAUAUAUUUUUUAAUUAAUUUACAAUUAUUUAUACAUCAUUGUAGCAUUUGUUAUACUGCCUGUAGUAAAUUAAAAAUUAACUGAUUUUAUUUAAAAAAGAUAUUAUUGCAAAACUGAUUAAAAUUGUUUAACCCUAAUAAGAAUCAUCAUUAAAAAUAAUGAGCUAAAUAAUGUGCUUAAUUUUCCUAAAAUGCAAAAAACAAAAAAUCCAAGGGUCCUAAUUGUAGACUACAUUUUCUUUAUGCAAAAUAUGUUUUAUUACCAUUUUUUUUUCUUCUCUUUUGGUUUUGGGGUGAAAUGUGACCUGGACUUAUCUUGAUGGGUUUUGUGAGAUGCACCAACCCAUAAGACAGGUAUGAUAAAGUACAUCGCUCUGUCACUACAUGUUAAAUUCAUUUUCGUUCCCAGUCUUUCUGGUAGAACCUGGCCACCUGGAAGAGUGGCUGGAAAGAUGCAGCUGUGAAUGUAAAUGAAUCUGUACUGCUGUGCGUACACACACUAAAAAAACAUCUAUGUACAUGCACAACACAUUUAUCACGUUUUUAGUUAUUUUGAGUAAUCUUGCACAUACACAUACACAAAUAGUUGCUGAAAAUGAAUGUAAUGAUUUUAGCCUCUGUGCUUUGAAGGAAUUUAAUUAAGAAAAUGACUCCCAGAACAGCAUCCUCCCUAAGCACCCUGAACACUCCCAAAGCUCUCUCUCCUUAUUCAUGCUUACUAUUGGUGCUCUUUCGGUUCUUUCCUCUGUUUCAUUCAUCACAAGUGUCGGUUUGUCCUCAUGAAACAAUUAUCAGUGGAAAUGAAUUUAAUCUCAGGUGUGCUUUAGUAGCAGCACUGAAUUUUAAUUCUAGACUCCAGCUAGGAGAUAUCAGGAAUGUCUGCAUGUUUGGAAACUUGACAUCACAGUCACAGUGGCAAUGUUCGAAAUGAAAUACUGGUUUACUACUUACUGAAUACUGUGCAGAAUACACUGUAUGCUCCCUGUUGAUUGUUUUUAAAUACUGUGUGAAACAGUAGGUAUAAUUCCAGACUAAUGUAAUUUUAAAAAACAUGAAAAUGUUGUAAUUUUUUGUAGUCUGUUUAAAUAAUAAGUCAAGAAAGAGAUGUUAAAAAUCACAGCAGAUAUUAUUUUCAGUUCAUCCAUCAUUCUGAAAAAAUGGAUGUAGUUGGCCAUCUGGGUAUUCCAUGCAUACAGAAAAUCUGCAUACUGUGCACAGUAUAUAUACUAAAUAUUGCAGCAAUUAUAGGAAUAAGCUAUUCCAAUCAUAGACAGUGUGUGGGGAAAUAGGAAUCAUUGGUGUGGGUUAGCUUUACCGGGAGUGAGAAAACAGGUGUAAAUAGAGGCAAACUCGAAAGGGCAUGCAAAAUUGGCACAAUCUGAGCAUGAAAGGGCUCUAAUAUGAAAUGCUGUAAUGUAAAUAAAAAAAAAAAUCUGUUUUGAAUUAUGAAUUAAAAAUAUACAUUUCAGAAAAAAAUCCAAAGUUAAUGUGUAUUUUAUUUGUUGAAGGAAUAUUCCGGGUUCAAUACAAGUUAAGCUCAAUCAACAGCAUUUGUGGCAUAAUAUUGAUUACAACAAAAAAAUAAUAUUUUUUUCCUUAAAAAAAGCAAAAAUCUGGGUAAGGUUCUAGUUAGGCACUUACAAUGGAAGUCAAUGGGGCCAGUGCAUAAACAUGAAAAUACUCAUUCUUUCAAAGGAAUAACCGCAAGAUGUAAACAACAUGCAUGUAACAUGAUUUUAGUGUGAUAAAAUCACUUACUAACCUUUUCUGUGUAAAGUUACAGCCAAUUUUACAACUUUGUUGCCAUGAUGAUGUAAUGUCAACAAACCAUAAAAUAACUGUAAAAUGACGAUUUAAACAACUUUACAGCUCAAAUAAUACAUGAGUUUGAAUAGAAGAAUGAAUAUAAUUGCUUUAUAAAAUUAUAUGCUUCACAUUUCUGCCUUUUAAUCCUCCAAAAAUUGGCCCCAUUCACUUCCAUUGUAAGUAUCUCAAUUUAACCUCGAUUUUAGCUUCUUCUUCUUUUUUUUUUAAAGAUCCGGAUGGACAAAACAAAAUUAUUAUUAUUUUUUUUUUGUGGUAAUCAACAUUAUGCCAUAAAUGCUGUAGACUGAGCUCAAAUUGUUGUGAACCCGGAAUAUUCCUUUUAAGAUUUUUUUUUUCUUUUUCAGUUUUUAUUAAUUUCUUAAUUUGUCUAGUUAUUUGACAGAAGUCAAAACUCUUGACGAAUCUUUCCAUUUGAAGGUGAAUAAAAAAAAAAAUUAGCCAUUCAACAAUCAACAAAGGGAAAGACUGUCACAGCCCGGAGACUUCCCCAGCCUGAGUUUGGCAAUGGGUGUAUGUGGUGAGCAGGGCGGGGCACAGCGAGGUCCACCUGUGUGCCACACUGGUCUCGUGUUCCAGUGAGGGGCGGCGGGAGUAUUUAAGGAGAGGAGACAGCGGCACACAGGGAGAGAGACGUAUGAAGAUGUAUUUGUGUGUUCGACGUGUCUGCGGGAAAGCAGCACGUGGAGUUGUUUUAUGUUAUGUUUAAAUGUAAAAUAAAUGUCUACAUGUUGUCAAGCGGGUCCCAGAUUCCUCCUUGCCCAUCGUGUGAACUCGUUACAGUGAGAUUGUAAUGAAAUAACCAAAACAAAAUUUUAUAAGUAGUUUGACGACUUUUUUCAUUUGGUGUGAGAAAUAGGCCUCAGAUGGAACCAUGUGACCUUUUCAUGCUGAUGCUUGAAUAUCUGCUUUGUAUGUUUUCGGCACUGUCUUGAGCACAAAAUUGAAAUACUUGAUAAGAAUGUACUUCUGUAAGCGUGAGGAAACAACCCCAUAUGGGGGGGGGGGGGUUCAAGGUAAAGGGUGUAACCAGCCUUGUGUGACAAGAACCAUAUAACCCUCUGCUUUCCUUUAAUAAAUGGAAGA